AGUCUGAGUAAAGACGACACACUCUGCUUAUCACCGCUCUCAAUACUUUUUUUCUUUUGUUAACCUGUGCACCUGGAGAAAGGAGGGAUGGAGCGGCACCUUUUGAUCUUGACCUUUUUAAAGUGCUUGAUUCUGACCAAUCAAGAAGGAGGAGGGAAAGAGCUGCUGACACCAGGUGGACCUGACAUUGACCCUGCCCUCCUUGAUAUCUUAAAUAAUUAUACAUUACCUGAGUAUGAGGAUGGAUCGUCUACUCCUUGCAGUGUAACUGCGCCUGAAUUCAACAGCUUGGGCAUCAUGAUCACCUACAUCAUCGUGUUUGUCUUAAGCAUCCUCGGCAACAGUGUUGUCGUCUACGUGGUUUGUUCCAUGAAGAAAGGUCGAUCCAGCACAGAUAUCUACUUGAUGCACAUGGCGGUGGCCGACAUUCUCUUCAGCAUCACCCUCCCGUUCUGGGGUGUCGAUGCUCAGUCUGGUUGGAUCUUCGGCAACUUCCUGUGCAAAGUCCUGUCAGGUUUUCAGGAGGCGUCAGUAUACAGCGGCGUCUUCCUGCUGGCAUGCAUCAGUGUGGACCGCCACUUCGCCAUCGUGAGAGCUACUCGUGUCGUGUCCUCCAAUCACCUGAUGGUGAAAGUGGUGUGCUUUGUGGUGUGGGUGGUGGCUGGAAUGCUGUCCUUACCCGUGAUCAUUCAGAAGCAGAGCAUAGACACCAAAGAUUUGGGACGGACCAUCUGCUACGAGAACAUUACUGGUGAGAGCAGUCAGCACUGGCGUGUUGGCAUACGUGUUGUGCGGCACACGAUGGGCUUUUUCCUGCCGCUGGUGGUGAUGGCGGUCUGCUACGGCUGGACCUUGGUGACGCUGUCUCACACACGCAAUCAACAAAAGCACAAGGCCAUACGCGUCAUCCUGGCAGUGGUGUUUGCAUUUGUUCUGUGCUGGCUGCCCUAUAACAUAACUGUACUGAUUGACACGCUCAUCCAAGGUGGAACAAUCAAAGAGGGGUCAUGUGAAGCUCGCUACAGAGUGGAACUGGUGCUGGAUGUGACCCGAGUGCUGGCCUUCAUGCACUGUGCAGUGAAUCCAGUGCUGUACGCCUUCAUUGGGCAGAAGUUCCGUAACCAGCUGCUCUCAGCUCUUUACAGACACGGCGUCAUCAGCAGCAGGCUCCGGAUGGCCCUCAGGAAGGGCUCUGUCAACAGCACAGGGAGCACCAGAUCAAGACUCACCUCUGCUACUAUGUAAAUAACAAUGAUGGAUUAUUCAUUCACAGGCUUAGUUGAAGGUUUUUUUUUUUCAUUUGUCCUUCAAUUUGGAUGAGUAUGACAGAGCCAACAAGCAAGUUGUCAACUUUGAUACUAUCGUAUGUAUGUUACUAAAGUACGCUACUGAAAACAUUAAACCUAGACUAGCCUGGCUGGUUGUUUGCUGCCUAUUUCCUGGCUUUAUGCUAAAUUAAGCAGGCUGCUGUUUUGAACACACAGGCGUGAGAGUGGUAUUCAUAAUUUCAAAUCAUUAUCAUUAUCAUUUUUGCCUUAAUGUCUUUUGAUGCUGAAAGAUUUAGCCUUCUUUGAAAUGUGAUUUUUGAGCACAACACAUUUGCAAUCCAGACAUAGAUAAGUUGUCAAUGUAGGAAAAAGUGACACCUCGUGAAUGUAGUUAGAAAGCUGGAGCCAUACUGUUGCUUUUGUAACGGUUCAGUUGAGGACAUAUUGUUGUUUGUAUUACAAAGCUUGUGUGGUUUAUGAUUAAAAGGAAAUCAUUUAGGUCCUUUAAUGACGUAAUUUCCUUUUUUGUUCUUUUUGUUUUUGAUUCUGAGAAACUCUGGACGUGACUGAAGAACCGUCUGUUUUUGUUUUGCAACCUGUAAAUUUGAACACGGUGAGGUUUUUGUCCUUACAGAAGUGACAGUAGUGCUGCAAACUGAACAAUCAACCCUUGUUGUUCAAAAGUGUCUGUGAUGACUGGUUUUCAUUUAGGCACACAUUUAAGCUCUGUACAAACUGGCUAGUGUGUUAAACAUGAUAUUGUUCUCUGUAUCAGUGUUAUACCCUCUGUACCCUAUGUACUUUUGCAGUUGACAUCUGGCCAUGAUACAGAAGAAACACUUCAUCUGUGUAUCCCAACGUGUGCCUUGAUCACAUGAGAGCCUGUGCGUGUGUGUACCUGAGUCAGGUGGUUUUGUGGCUGGCGUAACGCAGAAGGGAGGGGGACAGCGUCUUUGUGGGAAAUUGUGCAGCAGCCACCGUUGCAAGACAAAAUGACUCAUGAAGAGAUGCUAUCAGUUAUUCUGUUAUUCUCAGCUCUGUCUGCAAAACUCAUUUGAUUAUUUUUUUUUAGGUGUUUUAAGAUAUGCAACUCAGUAUUCAUGUGUCAUAUACUGUGCACCUGCAAAUGUAUAUUUUAAAGGCAUAUAGUUACUGUUUGUGGUUUGGAUUGAUGUAGCUCAUACUUUUGUUAAAAUAAAGCUU